AUGGUUGCGUACCUUCAAGGAUUAAAUAUUUUCAUCAAAGAAUUUCGCCGACAAGAAUACGUCAACGUUUGUGACGAAAUUCUGAGAAAUUUCAUCAAACUUCUGAUUAAUGAAAAUAAGAAUCUCAACCCUGAAUGUCUCAACAAUACAAUAGAGUUGAUAAAUGCAAAGAAAUUUUUGUUUAUGUUGUUCGCUGUAAAAGUUUCAGACGAUUUAUCGGAUGAUCAAAGAACUGAAAUAAUUAAUCGUAGUAAAAUUGAUACAAUUAACAUUCUUGUACGAAAUUUUUUAUUGUUUUCCUGUAAGGAUUUCCAUAGUCUUUUAUCGCACAAUUUGAAUGAAUCAGAACGCAAAUGUUUUGAUAAAUUCGCUGUUGAUAACAAAUUGGUUGAUGUUCAGAUUCCUUUAAGAUCAAUUAAUGACAACAUGACCAUCAACUGUGAUGAAUAUAUUGAGACAGAUCGAUUAAGAAAGCAAGAAAUCAUUGAGGAAACCCUGAACUUGACAAGGCAACAGAGAAAAUGCUUCAAAAUGAAGAGCAAUGAAUCUAAAUUUUAUGAAACAUUGACACGACUUAUUGUGCUUAAUGAAAUUAACUUAAGUGAAACCGAAAAAUUAAAUGAAAGAGUAAAUUUCGACAUGUUUUUAAUGACAACAUUUGAAAACGCUUUGAGUUGUUUAGAAUCUUUCUAG